GCUAGGGUAUCGGCGGCCUGGGCUCAGUUGUAGCGGCUGUCGGACGCUCUCGCUCGGCCCUAGGGCUCUAUGGCCCUGGGGAAGGGCUCUCUCUUUGUCUAGUGCCGGGCUUACUCUAGUUCCGGCUUGAGGAAGCUCAGUCCUUCCUCGGUCUCCUAGCAACGAGGGAUAGGGCUGGGCUAGACGGAGCGCGGCGCCGGCCCAGUAGUCCCGGUGUUAGCUGGAACCUCCCGGGCCAAACCGGGAGUCAAAACCCAGAGCUUGGAAGAAUAAGGAGGAAAUGGCGGACGAGGCGUUGUUUUUGCUUCUCCAUAACGAGAUGGUGUCAGGAGUGUACAAAUCCGCGGAGCAAGGGGAGGUGGAAAAUGGACGAUGUAUUACUAAGCUGGAAAACAUGGGGUUUCGAGUGGGACAAGGAUUGAUAGAAAGGUUUACAAAAGAUACUGCAAGAUUCAAGGAUGAGUUAGACAUCAUGAAGUUCAUAUGUAAAGAUUUUUGGACUACAGUGUUCAAGAAACAAAUUGACAAUCUAAGGACAAAUCAUCAGGGCAUCUAUGUACUUCAGGACAACAAAUUUCGUCUGCUUACUCAGAUGUCUGCAGGAAAACAGUAUUUAGAACAUGCAUCUAAGUAUCUAGCAUUUACAUGUGGCUUAAUCAGAGGUGGCUUGUCAAAUUUGGGAAUAAAAAGUAUUGUUACAGCUGAAGUGUCUUCAAUGCCUGCCUGUAAGUUGAAGUUACAUUUCUUACAAAUGUUUUUCAUGAUUUGUUUUUUAGGUGUGCUUUGUUUUUUAAACUUUUAAAGGAAAUUAUCAAGGUUGAAACUUUUAUUUUAGUGUCAUCAACUUAACAUUUAGUGUGGUAAUAUGUAGUAUACUAUAUUCAUAUUCAGUUGACUUUUAAAUUAAUAAGACAAGGACUUAAGAAAAUCUGACAAAGAAAUCUAAAUUUAUAAGAUAGUUUAAGGGACAAUUCUUGAGCUGGAAGAGUGGCUUAAGUGGUAGAGUGCCUGCCUAGCAAACAUGAAACCCUGAGUUCAAAUCCCAAUACUGCCCUCCUCCAUAAAAAAGGGGAACAUUUUUAACUUUUUCUUUUCUUUUUGCCAAAGAAAAGAGCUUCUUUAUUGUAGGAUAAUGGAGUAGGAGACAGGAGGCAGCUCAGAUCUGUCUCUGAUGGACUGAGAGCUAAGGGAUUUAAGCCCUUUUGAGUAAAAAGAAAUAGAGGACUAGCUGGUUGCAAAGAAAGUCUUACUGAAAUAGUCUGCACAGGGAUUGCCGGAUCAGCUGGAACCUGUGAAUAUUUUGUAGCUGAGAA